AUGCCUUUUCAAAGUGUCGAAGAUUUUCUUACUGGUUUAGCACCAGAAUUAAACAAAUACGCAAAAUCGUUGAGAAAUCAAGGUUUUACCUCAACAAAUAUGUUAAAAUUUUUAAAGCUAAAAGAUUUACAAAAUAUACCAUUUGUCGUGCCAGCACCGCAUAGAAGAAUGAUUCUAAGCGCUGUUGCCAAACUCCAAUCGCCUGGAAGUAAAUUCCAAAUCGAAAGUCCACAAUCUACGACAGUCGAUACUCAUGCGUGCAAAAAGAGAAAAACAGAUGGGGAAACCUCAACGGGAUAUAAAAUCGAAACUUCAGAAAGGCAAAGCACAUUUGCGCCAAAAACGCUCUUUUCUGAUGGAACAUUAUCGAAAGGGAACAAUUCCGCGUACGACAUUGUUUUGCAAGAUAAGCUAGAAUUAGAAAAAAAACACACCCUUCUCAAGGCUGAAUUGUCGGAAUACACCAGUAAACCUGUCGAACUAAUGCCUCUUGCAUUGACUGGCAGUCGAGUGAUGAUGGUCACUUGCACUCGAUGCCAUCACCGUGGACAUAGGAAGGAUGGCAAUAAAAACGGAGCAGUGUGCGAAUUCGAACCGUGCGUGGGAUACCACUACUGUGGAAAUCAAAAACUUCAUCCCGAGUUUAAAACUAAGAAACGAGAGGUAAGAUUUCCUAAUUGCAUAAUUAUGUUUCGAAAUGUGGGAACCACUUUGUCUAUAUUCAGUUAUAAAAUACAGGGCGUAUCAAAAUGCACUUUCAAAUUAAAGUUUGCCAUUGUAAUAAUUUAACAGCCACGAUUGUAUAAGACGUUCUGUUUUUGCCAAUUCUAAGCUAUUGCAGUAUUAGUAAUGUAGUAUUAUAGUAAUACGGCUGUCAAAUUACCACAAUACUGUAAGUUAUGGCUAAUUUGAAUUUAAAAAGGUAACACCCUGUACAAUACAGUGUUUACAGUAACUCUGAAAACAAUAACCAUUUUGAAAUUGUAUAUUACAUGCAGAAAUACGAAUAAACGAUUUAUUACAACUACUUUUGAAUGCUUUUAAUAUAGAAAGAAAAAGCUCUCAAGAUUCUAAAUGAAAAAAUUGAUCUCAAGAGUAAAGAGCUGGACCAGUUGACUGAAUUCGCUGACGGAAAAAAGCAAGGUAAACUUUGUGCGAAAUGUUCGUCCGAGACUUCAGCGGCUUUUCCCCGACAAAUACAAAGGAAAGGACGGGAUGCAGCAGCUACUUAG